GCUCCGGGAAGGGGGGGGUGGCUCUGGUCGAGCCGGGAGCUGCGAUUCCCGCCCGACCGUUCGCAGGCCCCGUGUCCGCCGCGGGUUUCCGUAGCUCUCCCUCCCCAGGGUUCUCCCCCCCAGCCAUGGGGUUCCUGAAGCUGAUCGAGAUCGAGAACUUCAAGUCUUACAAGGGGCGGCAAAUCAUCGGGCCCUUCCGGAGGUUCACGGCCAUCAUCGGGCCCAACGGCUCCGGCAAGUCGAACCUCAUGGACGCCAUCAGCUUCGUACUGGGCGAGAAGACGAGCAACCUGCGGGUGAAGACGCUGCGGGACCUGAUCCACGGGGCGCCCGUGGGCAAGCCGGCCGCCAACCGGGCCUUCGUCAGCAUGGUGUACUCCGAGGACGGGGCCGAGGACCGCACCUUCGCUCGCGUCAUUGUGGGGGGCUCGUCGGAAUACAAGAUCAAUAACAAAGUGGUGCAGCUCAGCGAAUACAGCGAGGAGCUGGAGAAGCUGGGGAUCCUCAUCAAAGCCAGGAAUUUCCUCGUCUUCCAGGGGGCGGUGGAGUCGAUCGCCAUGAAGAAUCCAAAGGAGCGCACAGCGCUGUUCGAGGAGAUCAGCCGCUCGGGGGAGCUGGCCCAGGAGUACGACAAGCGCAAGAAGGAGAUGGUGAAGGCUGAGGAGGACACGCAGUUCAACUACCACCGCAAGAAGAACAUCGCGGCUGAGCGCAAGGAGGCCAAGCAGGAGAAGGAGGAGGCGGACCGGUACCAGCGCCUGAAGGACGAGGUGGUGCGGGCCCAGGUCCAGCUGCAACUCUUCAAGCUGUACCACAACGAGGCCGAGAUCGAGAAGCUCAAUAAGGAGCUGGGCUCCAAGAACAAGGAGAUCGACAAGGACAAGAAGCGCAUGGACAAGGUGGAGGAUGAGCUCAAGGACAAGAAGAAGGAACUGGGCAAGAUGAUGAGGGAACAGCAGCAGAUUGAGAAGGAGAUCAAGGAGAAGGACUCCGAGUUGAACCAGAAGCGGCCACAGUACAUCAAGGCCAAGGAGAACACCUCUCACAAGAUCAAGAAGUUGGAGGCGGCCAAGAAGUCACUGCAGAACGCCCAGAAGCAGUACAAGAAGCGCAAAGGCGACAUGGAUGAGCUGGAGAAGGAGAUGCUGUCGGUGGAGAAGGCUCGACAGGAGUUUGAGGAGCGCAUGGAGGAGGAGAGCCAGAGCCAGGGGCGAGACCUCACCCUGGAAGAGAACCAGGUGAAGAAAUAUCACCGGCUGAAGGAAGAGGCCAGUAAAAGAGCUGCCACGCUAGCCCAGGAGCUGGAGAAAUUUAACCGGGACCAGAAAGCAGAUCAGGACCGGCUGGACCUGGAGGAGAGGAAGAAAGUGGAGACCGAGGCCAAGAUCAAGCAGAAGCUGCGGGAGAUUGAGGAGAACCAGAAGCGGAUUGAGAAGCUGGAGGAAUACAUCGCUACCAGCAAGCAGUCGCUGGAGGAGCAGAAGAAGCUGGAGGGGGAGCUGACGGAGGAGGUGGAGCUGGCCAAGCGGCGCAUCGACGAAAUUAACAAGGAGCUGAACCAGGUGAUGGAGCAGCUGGGGGACGCCCGCAUUGACCGGCAGGAGAACAGCCGCCAGCAGCGCAAGGCCGAGAUCAUGGAGAGCAUCAAGCGCCUCUACCCCGGUUCCGUGUACGGGCGACUUAUCGACCUCUGCCAGCCCACGCAGAAGAAAUACCAGAUCGCAGUCACCAAGGUGCUGGGCAAGAACAUGGACGCCAUCAUCGUGGACUCGGAGAAGACGGGCCGCGACUGCAUCCAGUACAUCAAGGAGCAGCGGGGCGAGCCGGAGACCUUCCUCCCCCUGGACUACCUGGAGGUGAAGCCCACGGACGAGAAGCUGCGAGAGCUGAAGGGGGCCAAGCUGGUGAUCGACGUGAUCCGCUACGAGCCGCCCCACAUCAAGAAGGCCCUGCAGUACGCCUGCGGGAACGCCCUGGUGUGUGACAACGUGGAGGACGCCCGGCGUAUCGCCUUCGGGGGCCAUCAGAGGCACAAGACAGUCGCCCUGGACGGCACCCUGUUCCAGAAGUCAGGGGUGAUCUCCGGAGGCGCCAGCGACCUGAAGGCCAAGGCCCGCCGUUGGGACGAGAAGGCCGUGGAUAAGCUGAAGGAGAAGAAGGAGAGGCUGACAGAGGAAUUAAAGGAGCAAAUGAAGGCCAAGCGCAAAGAGGCCGAGUUGCGGCAGGUACAAUCCCAAGCCCACGGGCUGCAGAUGCGGCUGAAAUACUCCCAGAGCGACUUGGAACAGACCAAGACGCGUCACCUCGCCCUGAACCUCCAGGAGAAGUCGAAGCUGGAGAGCGAACUGGCUAACUUUGGGCCUCGCAUCAACGACAUCAAGCGAAUCAUCCAGAGCCGGGAGCGGGAGAUGAAGGACCUCAAGGAGAAGAUGAACCAGGUGGAGGACGAGGUGUUCGAGGAGUUCUGCCGGGAGAUCGGGGUGAGGAACAUCCGGGAGUUCGAGGAGGAGAAAGUGAAGCGGCAGAACGAGAUUGCCAAGAAAAGGCUGGAGUUUGAAAACCAGAAGACGCGGCUGGGGAUCCAGCUGGAUUUCGAGAAGAACCAACUGAAGGAGGACCAGGAGAAGGUGCACAUCUGGGAGCAGACCGUCAAGAAAGACGAGGCCGAGAUCGAGAAGCUCAAGAAGGAGGAGCAGCGUCACAUGAAGAUCAUCGACGAGACCAUGGCCCAGCUGCAGGACCUGAAGAACCAGCACCUGGCCAAGAAAUCUGAAGUCAACGACAAGAACCACGAGAUGGAGGAAAUCCGCAAGAAACUGGGCGGGGCCAACAAGGAAAUGACCCACCUGCAGAAGGAGGUGACGGCCAUCGAGACGAAGCUAGAGCAGAAGCGCAGCGACCGCCACAACCUGCUGCAGGCCUGCAAGAUGCAGGACAUCAAACUGCCCCUCUCCAAGGGCACCAUGGACGACAUCAGCCAGGAGGAGGUGGGGGACGGGCAGGGGCUGGCCAUGAUGCUGGGUGCGUUCCUGGGCCCGGAGAAUCCCGAAGAGCCGUACCUGGAUGGAAUUAAUUACAACUGCGUGGCCCCUGGCAAGCGGUUCCGGCCCAUGGACAACCUGUCUGGAGGGGAGAAAACCGUAGCAGCCUUGGCCCUUCUGUUUGCUAUCCACAGCUACAAACCUGCCCCCUUUUUUGUGCUGGACGAAAUUGACGCUGCGCUGGACAACACCAAUAUUGGGAAGGUGGCCAACUACAUCAAAGAGCAGUCGGCCUGCAACUUCCAGGCCAUUGUCAUCUCGCUGAAAGAAGAAUUCUACACCAAGGCCGAGAGCCUGAUUGGGGUCUACCCCGAGCAAGGGGACUGCGUGAUCAGCAAAGUACUGACCUUUGACCUCACCAAGUACCCCGACGCCAACCCGAACCCCAACGAGCAGUGAGCCGGCCGGACGCUGCCACGGGUGGGGGGGAUGUGAUGAGUUAACACCCCCCCCUUUAUUUUAACCAUUUCAUUGCCUCUGCCAGUGCAGUCUGGGGGGGCAGGGGCUAUUAACCCCCCGUCUCUAAGGUGAGGACCACCUGUCUCCACAACGCUAGGGGGAGCGGUUUUAUCCCGGGGGGGGGUUCAAUUCCCCCCACCCCCGAUGCCAUUUUUAGAAUCAUGCUAUUUAACUUUCUUUUUAAAACCAGCCCCCGGGGGAGCAGGCUUGGACGUUUUAGCCCUGGUAGGGCUGGAAUUGGGGGCAGGAGGGGUGGGGGGGAUCACCGGGCUGUUGCUUUUUGAGUCGUCUCUCUGUGUAUGUGUCUGUGUGUGUGUGUGGAAUGUGUCUUUUUGCAACAAAAUAAACCAGAUUUUCGCCUUC